AUGAAAACCGACCUGGAGCUCGCCUUGGAGUGCAUCGUCAACGUCUACCACCAGUACGCCGUGAAGAACCCCAUAGAUGACUACCUGAGCAGGUCUGAGUUCUCAGAGCUGCUGCAGGAGACUGCCAAGCCCUUCCUCCACAACACUCUGCCGCCUAACACAUCCGUUGAUAGCUACAUCAACAAGCUCUUCAACAAAGCAGAUGCCAACCAUAAUGGUCGCCUGAAGUUCACCGAGUUCCUGACCACACUGACUCUUGUAGUCAUUGAUGCCCACAACAGGUCUCAUGAGCAUCACGGGAGCCACGACCAUCAUCCAGGUGAUGGUCAUGGCCAUGGCCACAGCCAUGACCAUGGCCAAGGUCACAGCCAUGACCACGGCCAUGGUCCCUGCAACUGA